UUCCGGCUCGGCGAAGAAAGUUGAGGAGGAGAGGUCUGCAGGUUCCUGGAUUUUAUAAAAUGGAUAGUCAGGGAAGGAAAGUGGUGGUUUGUGACAAUGGAACCGGGUUUGUAAAGUGCGGCUAUGCUGGCUCCAACUUCCCCGAGCACAUCUUCCCUGCCCUGGUGGGCCGGCCAAUCAUCCGCUCCACAGCCAAAGUGGGCAACAUCGAGAUCAAGGACCUGAUGGUGGGGGAUGAGGCAAGCGAGCUGAGGUCUAUGCUGGAGGUGAACUAUCCCAUGGAGAAUGGCAUUGUGCGAAACUGGGACGACAUGAAGCACCUGUGGGACUACACCUUCGGGCCCGAGAAGCUCAACAUCGACUCCCGCAACUGCAAGAUCCUCCUUACAGAGCCCCCCAUGAACCCCACUAAGAACCGUGAGAAGAUCAUCGAGGUGAUGUUCGAGACAUAUCAGUUCUCAGGGGUUUACAUUGCCAUCCAGGCCGUGCUGACACUCUAUGCUCAAGGUCUGCUGACGGGCGUGGUGGUAGACUCGGGCGAUGGCGUCACCCACAUCUGUCCCGUUUACGAGGGCUUCUCCUUGCCCCAUCUCACCCGACGACUGGACAUCGCGGGGAGGGACAUCACUCGCUACCUCAUCAAGCUGCUGUUGUUGAGGGGCUACGCCUUCAACCACUCGGCAGACUUCGAAACGGUACGCAUGAUGAAGGAGAAGCUGUGCUACGUGGGCUACAACAUCGAGCAGGAGCAGAAGCUGGCGCUGGAGACCACGGUGCUGGUGGAGUCCUACACGCUCCCAGAUGGCAGGGUCAUCAAGGUAGGAGGGGAGAGGUUCGAGGCCCCGGAGGCGCUGUUCCAGCCCCAUCUAAUCAAUGUAGAGGGGGUGGGCGUGGCUGAGCUGCUCUUCAACACCAUCCAGGCAGCUGAUAUCGACACCAGGGCGGAGUUCUACAAACACAUCGUGCUUUCGGGGGGCUCCACCAUGUACCCGGGCCUGCCCUCCCGGCUGGAGCGGGAGCUGAAGCAGCUCUACCUGGAGCGCGUGUUGAAGGGAGACGUGGACAAACUCUCGAAAUUCAAGAUCCGGAUUGAAGAUCCUCCUCGGCGCAAGCACAUGGUAUUCCUGGGUGGGGCGGUGUUGGCUGACAUCAUGAAAGACAAGGACAACUUCUGGCUGACGCGCCAGGAGUACCAGGAGAAGGGCAUGCGUGUUCUGGAGAAGCUGGGGGUCACUGUUAGAUAAACUCCACAUCGGUCCCUCACCACCAUUCACCCCCGACUAUGUAUCCAUCCUUCUCUCUCUCACCUCUUCUCUUCUGUUCUGCUACUUAUUCCUCAGAAAUCACUCAUCUAUC